AUGCUCCAAGACUUGAGACGAUGGGAAAUCUUGCAUCACGAGUGUCAUCGCUACAGCGUGCAUAGGGCAGGUAAUAAAGCUGUCCUUCUCGGGGAAUAUGGAGAGAAUUGCUCUUCAGAGGUCUUCACACGUAUCAGCCGGACGAAAAUGACACCGUCGGCGAUGACGGACAGGCUACUCUUAGCCACAAAACCGAGGUCUGAAGCCCUCCCAAACGUGUACCACAUCAGCGCAAGCAGUGCAGCGUCCUGGUAG